AAAGGAGAGCAACACAUGCAAAACUUUACAACUAAUCCUACCCUAUCACGCUAUCAACAUUUUCGUCAACUGCAACAUCGAAUCUAAUAAUCAAAGCUUGGGAAGAAAAGCAAAGAAAGUAUAAUUAAAGCAAAAAAGCUAAACCAAAACCAAAGAAAAAUCUCAAAACGAUGGAGUCCCUCCUCUCCCAGCUCUCCCUCCUCGCCAACGAAGCCCUCAACGACAAAAACUUCGACCCCUCGCGCAUCGAACAACUCCUCGCCCUCUUCGAGUAUGAAGCACGCAAUUCAUUGUCGACCGUAGAGGCGGAGCAUCAGAAGACAGCAGAAGAAGCGGAGGCAGAAAUGAAGGAGGCCGAAGCCUACCUCAACUCCCAGUUGGACGAUGCGACCGAUGAAUUCCACCGAUCUUGCGAAGAAGUCGAGAGAUCGUCGGAGAUGGGGAGGGUGAUUGGGUCCGGGGUUGGUCGUGCUUCGGACAAGUAUAUGGAUGCUGCGCUCGCUUCGGCGAUGGCGAGUAUGAAGUCGGCGGUUGAUGGUGCUAAGCUCAGCAAGGUUCAUCCGAAUUAAGUGAUUUUGUAUGUUUGAAGUUUACAUGUGUUUCGUUAACGCGUGCGAUGAAUAAAAUUUGCAGCCAAACUUUCCUCAGGGUAAA